AUGAUACACUCAGACCAGGGAACAAACCCACGUGAGCGGAAGGACAGGAGACGUUCUUCAGCAACCAAAUCUGAAAACGGCCUCUCCCACAUCUUGAGACUGGUGCUGCAGGAGCUGAGUCUGUUCUACAGCAGGGACGUGAACGGAGUGCGCCUUCUGUACGACCUCCUCCACUCCCCUUGGCUGCAGGCUCUGCUGAAGGUGUAUGACUGCCUCCAGGAAUUCAAAGCGAGGAAACUGGCUCCUGCCACACACCAUGCACAGGCGUUAUCCCACGAGGUAGUGGAACUGUUGCGGGAAGCUCCUAACUCCCCUGAAAUCCAAGAGCUGAAAUGGAUCCUCCAGGCUCCACACUCGAAGGCCUUGCUCAGUGCCCACGACACAGUGGCUCAGAAAGAUUUUGAGCCCCUUCUUCCCCCACUACCGGACAACAUCCCUGAGAGUGAGGAGGCAAUGAGGAUCGUUUGUCUGGUAAAAAACCAGCAGCCUCUGGGUGCCACCAUCAAGCGCCAUGAGAUAACAGGGGACAUCUUGGUGGCCAGAGUCAUCCACGGUGGGCUGGUCGAGAGGAGCGGACUGCUCUAUGCUGGAGACAAACUGGUGGAAGUGAAUGGAGUUUCAGUUGAGGGUUUGGACCCUGAGCAAGUGAUCCAUAUUCUGGCCAUGUCUCGUGGGACAAUCAUGUUCAAGGUGGUUCCUGUUUCUGAUCCUCCAGUGUACAGCAAGAAGAUGGUGUAUGUUCGUGCCAUGACGGAUUACUGGCCCCAGGAAGAUCCUGCCAUCCCCUGCAUGGAUGCAGGAUUGCCUUUCCAGAAAGGAGACAUCCUGCAGAUUGUGGACCAGAAUGAUGCCCUCUGGUGGCAGGCCCGGAAAAUCACAGACCUUGCCACCUGUGCUGGGUUGAUUCCUUCUUAUCAACUUCUGAAGAGGAAGCAGCGGGAAUUCUGGUGGUCUCAGCCGUACCAGCCUCACACCUGUUCCAAGUCAACCAUAUUGAUUUCUAUGGAGGAAGAUGAUGACAUGAAGAUUGACGAGAAGUGUGUGGAAGCAGAUGAAGAAACAUUUGAAUCUGAGGAGCUUUCAGAAGAGAAGGAGGAGUUUAUUGGCUAUGGUCAGAAGUUCUUUAUCGCUGGUUUCCGUCGCAGCAUGCGCCUUUGUCGCAGGAAGUCCCACCUCAGCCAGCUGCGUGCCACUGUGUGCUGCACUGGUGGCUGCUACAGUGCCGUGGGUGCCCCUUAUGAGGAGGUGGUGAGAUACCAGCGACGACCUGGAGAUAAGCACCGCCUCAUAGUGCUCGUGGGGCCUUCUGGCGUUGGAGUAAAUGAACUAAGGAGACAACUUAUUGAAUUUAACCCCUGCCAUUUUCAAAGUGCAGUGCCACAUACCACUCGUUCCAAAAAGAGCUAUGAAAUAAAUGGGCGUGAGUACCAUUAUGUGUCAAAGGAAACCUUUGAAAGCCUCAUGUAUAGUCACAGGAUGCUGGAGUACGGUGAGUACAAAGGCCACCUGUAUGGCACCAGUGUGGAUGCUGUUCAAGCAGUCCUUAAUGACGGGAAGGUCUGUGUUAUGGACUUGGAGCCUCAGGAUAUUCAAAUGGCUCGAACUCAAGAUCUGAAACCCUAUGUCAUAUUUAUAAAGCCAUCCAAUGUGAACUGUAUGAAACAGUCUCGGAAAAAUGCCAAAAUUAUUACCGACUACUUCGUGGACAUGAAAUUCAAAGAUGAAGAUCUACAAGAAAUGGAGGAGUUAUCCCAAAAAAUGGAGGCUCAGUUUGGCCAGUUUUUCGAUCACAUGAUUGUGAAUGGCAACUUGCAAGAUGCCUGUGCCCAGCUGUUAUGUAUCGUACAGAAGGCUCAGGAUGAGCCUCAGUGGGUCCCAGCAACAUGGAUAUCCUCCGACGCUGAGUCUUGA